CGUCAUAUUUACAUCUGCGUUUGCCUGCAGUCGAAGGACGUCAUUACGCACUCGGAUCAGCUGAGCCAGAACAGAGAAGUAUAACAGUGAAGUCCUCCUGGCUUUUGGGUUGAAGGAACCGGAGGAAAGGGACAGUCCAAAGUUUUCUUCUGGAGACAAAGACGCUGCUUUAUUCCUCAGACGACUACGAGAAGUUAACUCACCGGAAGCAUGAAGAAGACCGUCAAUCCAGCCCUGAAGAGGUCCUUCGAGGUGGAGGAUGUUGACACUUCGUCCCAUUCUUCGCCCGGCUCUCGCCGAGCCACCAACUCCCCUCUCCGUAACGCCAUGUCUCCCACCAGUAUCUACUACCGCGACCUUGGCAGUGCCGCCCCCGCAACCAACAACAACAACCUCAACUACUCCCAACCGCGGUCCAUCAUGGGCGGCGGUGGCUCCAGGACCCCUGAACCCGUGUCACGCCGUUCUGAGCUCUCCAUUGACAUCUCCUCCCCCAGCAAGCAGGUGGACAACAUCACCAGCCCUGCCUCCUCGCGCUUUGCGAGCAACAACUCGCUGAAGCGCCCCGAAGUCUUGGGACACUCCAGGACCCCAGAGAUGGGCCACAGGAGGGAGGUCACAUUUGCCAAGACCCUCACUGAAUCCCCGGUGAUCCGCCGCAGCGAGGGCAACAACAACAACAACGGGAUCAUCCGAGCUCCUGAGCAGAACCACGCUCGCAAGUUUGAGUCGCUGAGUCUUGGUGAUGUGCGUAGACCUGAAAUCAACAUCACUAAAGCUCCCCCAGAGAACAAUGGCCACCACCCGGCUGUGCAUCACCCUCACCACCCCAACCCACACCACAACACCAUCGUCACCACCUUCCGCUGCUCCUCUCCCAAUCACGCUGGACGCAAGUCUCCUAACCCUGACAGGUCAGAGGUCAGCCUGAGCCACAGCAACAUGUCCGAGUCCGCCAAGCCCCACCAUCCCAGCCCUCAAGGCAAGGGGGAGAAGAGCCAUGGAGGAGACUUCAGCUACGUUGGCAUCGACGCCAUCCUGGAGCAGAUGAGGAGGAAGGCCAUGAAGCAAGGCUUUGAGCUCAACCUCAUGGUUGUGGGGCAAAGCGGCCUGGGGAAAUCCACCUUGAUGAACACACUGUUCAAGUCCAAGGUGAGCCGUAAUAAAUCGGUGCAGUCCAACCCGGAGGAGAGGAUCCCCAAGACGGUUGAAAUUAAAUCCAUCAGUCACGAUAUUGAGGAGAAGGGAGUGAGGAUGAAGCUGACGGUUAUUGACACUCCUGGUUUUGGAGAUCAAAUCAACAAUGAAAACUGCUGGCAGCCCAUUAUGAAGUUCAUCAAUGACCAGUAUGAAGCCUACCUGCAGGAGGAAAUCAACAUCAACAGGAAGAAAAGGAUCCCAGACUCCAGGGUUCACUGCUGCAUAUACUUCAUACCCCCCACAGGGCACUGUCUCAGACCUUUGGAUGUGGAAUUCAUGAGGCGCCUCAGCAAAGUGGUCAACAUCGUCCCGGUCAUCGCCAAGGCCGACACACUGACCCUGGAGGAGAGGGACAGCUUUAAGCAGACGAUCAGGGAAGAACUGCGAGCCAACGGGAUCGACGUCUACCCGCAGAAAGAGUUUGAUGAAGAUGCAGAGGACAGAAUGAUCAACGACAAAAUCAGGGAGAUGAUCCCUUUUGCUGUGGUGGGAAGUGACCAGGAGUACCAGGUGAAUGGGAAGAGGCUUCUGGGAAGGAAAACAAAAUGGGGCACCAUUGAAGUUGAGAACAUUGCACACUGUGAGUUUGCUUACCUACGAGAUCUACUCAUCAGGACUCACAUGCAGAACAUCAAGGACAUCACAGGGAGCAUCCACUACGAGACGUACCGCGUCCGUCGGCUAAACGAAUCCAACGGCCACGUCAUCUCUCAGACGUCUGACCAUAUGGCAGUUCAACCAAAGGCCAACGGUCAGCUGGAGGAGCAGCCCGGCGCCCUGCAGGCCAAUGGGGUGGCUGCUCAACAUGAAGCCCUGUCCCAUGAGAUGUAGAGGUCAACUGUGGCACCGGUUUAUGACAUCAGGCACAAUGCAUACACUCAGACAUGCUGUGUUUACACGAACAAGCCCAAAUCUAUACAGAACACACACGCACACACGCACACACGCACACACACACACACACACACACACACACACACACACACACACACACUGAUGCUGUGAAGAGCAUUCUUACCACACAGAUGGACAAGAUACAUUUUUCUUUUUUCUUUCUUUCCUUUUCCCUAUAAUUACAUUUCCGAGUAAAAAUCCUUGCUGCAAUGCAUGGCAAUGUAAAACGGUUAAAACUAAAAGUUUCAGUUCAUGGAGCAACUAAAGGAAAAACUCCUUCCGGGGAGCAGAUACCCUCAGUCAAACCCUGACAGAAAGCCGUCUGAUCAGUUGAAACGGCAUCAUUUUAAAAUGAAGUAACAACAUGUGACGAUUCUGGCCGCGCUCUGAGCUAGAAACAUUUCCGUGCCACUUGCCUGGUCUGUUUUGUGCUGUGGUGUAUAGUAUUGUAUCGUUACUGAGGUUAAAUAGGACUAGGGUUAGGUUAGGUUUACAUUGUUAUGGGUAAAAGAUAUAGUCGACACCUCUGCACUGUGAAACAAAUCCGAAAUGCAACGGUGGUGUGGAGCAGCUCCUUAUGUUGUGUUAGGAUGUUCCAAAUCCCUUUAUUGCCAAACCAGACUGUCUUUGUCGAUACAUUUCCGAUAGUGUUGAGUUAUCAGCUGUGUUACAUUUUCAAUUGCUUGUUUACUGUUGUAUUUUUAUGGCUUAUGUUAAUGUUCUAAUAUUAAUUGUAUAAGAUGAGGUGCAUUUGUCCAAUGCCGUUGUUUUGUUCAUUCUUCUGACCGUAAACCAAAUACAUUUGUUUUUGUUCUAAAGAGAAGCACAUACAGCAUAUAAGAGCUGAAUUAUGAGUAGCUAUUUAAUUGUUGUUUAAUGUAGUACGUAUAAUUCAACUUUCACUCCUGAAGUUUGUAACAGGCCAUAAAUGAUAGCUAAUAAUAACUUUAGGUUUAAACUGUCGUCAUGUUUUUUUUUCCUAUAGCAUGUUUUAUCAUAUUUGUGAGACUGCACUGUGUCGAUUAUGAAAUUAUUUUAGCGAGAGGAAACAUUCCUAUGAAUUCAUGACACUUUCAUUCAGGAUUUCUGUUACAUUCGUGUGUAGGGGGGGGAAAGAAAUGUGCCUAUGAAAUUUUAAAAUAACACAUGCAAAUAAUUUGAUGCAAAUGCAUUUCAACAGCAGCUAAAAUGUAAUAUUUUUGAUGACUUGUAUUCUCAAGGAAUGUUUUCUAGGCCCAAUUUACCUGCCAUCCUCAGUCAACUUUGUGAGCCUGAGCAGAACUAUUUUCCAUAGUAAAUGCAAACAGAACUGUUGUAUCUUAAGGAAAAGUAACUGAAUUACUCUGUUUACUGUUGUAUAGUUCCUGUGUAAUUUGUCAUGCUAUUUCAGAUUAAGGUUUUAUCUUUGAUAUGCUAUCUCAAAGAAUAAAGAUUGAUAUUUUUACUGUU